AUGGAGCAGACAGGCAAGAUAGCUGCCCAAUACGAAGGGCACAAGGCUGACAGCACGCAGCAGGACAAUUAUACGCGCCCCCCUCGUGUUAGUUUCGGUGUUGAGUUGGAGUUUCUCGUGGCUUGCAUAGCAGAGGACGGCAAGGACAGCUGUCGAAGAACUACUCUAGAAGCACGGAUUCAUCACAUCAAGCCAAGAUGGCCACGGCUCAGAGGAGCAACUGUGGAUCCUUGCUACAUCGACUGGCUCCCGGUAGAAAUAUCGAGUCCACCAAUGUAUUCGUGCGAAGAGGCAUACAAUCUCGUUUCGUCAGUCAUUCGACUGCUGACCACCAACCUCCGUGUCCGAGUCAAUCCGACAUGCGGCCUCCAUGUUCACGUUGGCAAUGGGUCUCAUCAGCUCGAUAUGCGCGCGCUCAGAAACUACGCUGCGCUUCUAUGGGCAUCUGAAUCAGUGCUGUCUACUCUUCAUUGCCCUGAGCGGACUCUCCCUGAACGCACGGCGAUGUCUAUUCGACGCUGCCACCGUAUUAACUUGGCCAUUGGUGCAACUGCAGAACAGGCGCGCCAUGAGAUCCUUAAAUUACCAAAAAUAGUACCUCGCUAUAUCUCACGAGCGAGACGAUUAGGAGAACACCCUGUUGCUUCACACGGAGAUUUGCGUAAACUCCUUCACACAGACGACGACGAUCAGAUGUCUCUGGUGUUAGAGUAUGAUGGCGAUGAUUCAGAUUGGGAGAAAGAAGAGAGCGAACCUUUCCAUCGGCCUAAAAGACCUCAAGAGGCACGACGUGAGACAUUGGACAGACUUCGAAACAUGGAGCUUUGCUCGGAAGAAAGAGGUGCGCUGCUGGACAGCGAAACCACUCGUCGCGAACUACCUCCUCAGAUCAACUUUUCGGACUCCAAAAUGAAGACAGACAGUCGGACAACUGGCCAAGCGCCAUUGCUGGACAAUGAGCGAACGAAAGUGAAGGGCUACACGCCGGCCGAACUCGGGGCCAACACUACAUGGAAAGGUAUUGCGGAGCUUCUAGCAUGCGAUGUUGGUGUACACCAGAUAGCAUACUUGAUGACUGAGCGCGAUGGUAGCAAGACCUACAAGUACCACACCACCAACUGGACUGGACAGAGUGCUAAUGAGCUGUUCCCUUUGAGAAGGCGGGAUACGCAUCCUACCAUUGAGUCCCGCCUUGCUUCUGGUAGUCUUGAUGCCGAAUGGGUCGUUACCUGGAUCAAGAUCCAGUGCCGCAUGCUCGAGUGGGCACGAGACGCAGAUUCUUCGCAGUUCAUGAAUGUUCUUUGCAAGUUAUCCGACGAUGACCAUUCGAAAGAGUGUACUUACGAUGUCUUGGACUUCCUGAGAGAUAUCGGAAUGUAUACAGAACUCAAGCAUUGUCAGGAACGUCUUCGUAGAGCUGAUGAGGCAUGGCACGAGUGUAUGUUGUUGGAGAAUGGAAAUACAAGUCUCGAUUCUGAGUUAGAGAGAGAGCAGUUUAAAUGGUUUUUUGAGUCUUUAGAUGAAGACUCACAGAGUCCAGAAGAGGGAGAUAAAGAAGAAAAGGAACAAAAGGAGGAGAACCAGUGGGAACAAGAGAAAGAGGAAGAGGAGGAAGAGGAGGAAGAGGAGGACCUUUACAGCGCUAACUAA